AUGAAAUCCUUUUCGCUGUCCGAAGAGUCCGAAGAACACCGCAUACUCAAGCUGCGAAGCUCAUCUGUUAUCUUUAAUGAGUAUCUCGUACCGAACUACGUUGCUGAGGGGGGUACAAUCCUCUACCACGAUGAUGCUAAUAAGGUCACUCCACUCAAACUCACCGACAUCUUGAUUCAGGACGGCAAGAUUGUGGAUAUCGGUCCAAAUCUCGUGGCACCGUUAAAUGCCGAAAUCGUGGACUGUUUUGAUAAAAUUAUCAGCCCUGGCAUGAUCGACACCCAUCAUCAUCUCUGGCAGACUCAGCUUAAAGGCCGACAUGCUAAGGAUUCCCUCCUUGACUACUUUUGCAAUGCUUCUAUGGCAAGUCACCAUUAUGAGGCUGAUGACAUUUAUUGGGGGCAGCUGGUUGGGGCUCUCGAGGCUAUUAAUACCGGAACCACUUUCGUUCUGGACCAUGCCCAUGGAUGCAAGACUAAGGAACAUGCCAAUCGUGCUCUUGCAGCGACAACCCAAUCUGGUCUCCGCUCAAUUUUUGCAUACGCAAAUCCGACUAGGUUAGAAAAAUGGGACCAUGAUUGCUGUAUCCCGUCAACGGAUAUGAUUCCCGCGGAGAUAAUAGAACAUGUGGUCGAGUUAGCGGGCAAGCAGCCCCUAGGUGAUGGUCGAAUCCAUAUCGGCUUUGGUUUUGACUAUUACUUCUUGCCAAAGCAGGUAAUUGUUGGACUCUUUGGCCGACUAAGAGCUGCGGGGGUCAAGCUCUUUACUAGCCAUGUCGUUAAUACCGGCAUUUUUGCUACGGGGUCUAUUGUGAACAUCAUCUCAGAUUAUGGAUUGCUUACUACGCCUUCAGAUAUCCUGCUCUCCCACUGCACCGGUCUUAAUGACCAGGAGAUGGAUAUUCUGCGGGAAACAGGCAUCCCUGUAUCCACAACCCCUGAUACCGAGUCUAAGAUGGCCAUGGGCUGGCCUAUCUCUUUCACUCCUGGUAUUAAGUACACUUUUGGAGUUGACUGCCAUACCAACAACACGGCUUCAAUUCUACAACUAGCACGUCUUGCCAUCGGAAUGGCGCGUCAGCAACGGGCCCUUCCCGUCACCGCAGUGGGGAAUUUCCCGACUACUAUGCCAGCGACUGUUGAGGAGGCCUUUAAUGCGGCGACCAUCUACGGAGCCCAAGCUGUCGGGCUAGGCGAGAUCAUUGGGUCGAUCCGGGAGGGGAAGCAGGCGGAUCUAAUUCUAUUUGAUACCAAAAGCAUUAACAUGGCUGCUGCGGCAGCAUUCGAUCCUUUGGUGGCUGUGUUCAAUCAUAGUGAUGUCAGUGAUGUGAGUGGCGUGAUGAUUGGCGGUAUUUGGCGCAAAAAGGAUGGCUUUUUAACUACAGUCACCGCGGAUGAUGGAAGGCAGCUGAACUGGGACGAAAUCAGGAAAAGCCUACUGAAGAGCCAGAUCAAUAUACUGAUGAAAGAGAGGGAUGUCAGUGUUGAGAAAGCGCGGGAUUUGGUUUUGAAGAUGUACAAUGUGGACGAAAACAAGCUCGUCGAUAUAUUGCAAAACUAA